GUCAGCGGAGCGCGUGAAAGCGCGGCAGAAAACACGGAGCGUGUCCUGUCACAGAGACAUGCAGUGACUCCAGCCUGCCUGCCUAGUUCAAAAAGGUUCUUUUCUUUUCUUUUUGGGGAAAAACAGACAGAAAGUGACCGCAGAAAGUAGUCCCUCCGUGUUCUCUGCACCAUGACGGCUAAAACUCUGGAGAAGGUGCCGGUGAAUCUGGGGGGGUUUGUGCACCCCGCAGCAGAGAGCGUCUACUCCGUGGAUGAUAUCACCAGCAGCCUGCCGACCUCUGUGGCGAUCUUCCCUAACAGCGAUUUAGGAGCGCAUUACGAGCAGAUGACAGCAGAUGGUCUGAUGGGCGCUGACAUGAGCGUGGAUAAACGCUCCGUGGACCUCUCCUCGUACUCCAGCGGCUUCUCUCAGCCCGCCUCCCACCGGAACCAGACCUUCACCUACAUGGGAAAGUUUUCCAUAGACUCCCAGUAUCCAGGUAACUGGAACCCCGAGGGAGUGAUCAACAUCGUUUCAGGCAUCUUCAACGUGGCCCAGCCGCCGCCGCCUCCUCCUCCUCCCUCCUCCUCAGCCUCCUCCUCUCCAGCAUCAUCAGGAUCUCCAAAUCAUUUCUCCAACGGAAAUUUGAGUUGCACCAUGGCGGCUCAAAGCCAAGCCGACAUGGAUCAUCACCACCAUCUCUACUCCCCCCCGCCUCCUUACUCUUCAUCUGGUUGCGGGGAGGUGUACCAGGACCCCUCGGCGUUUUUGUCCACCUCCACCUGCCCCAUAGCCUCCUACCCUCCACCCUCCUACUCUUCACCCAAGCAGCCCGGCAGCUCGGACGCGCCGGGGCUUUUCCCCAUCAUUCCAGACUACUCGGGCUUCUUCCAGCCGGCCUGUCAGCGGGACAUGCACACAGCAGGUAUCCAGGAUCGGAAACCGUUCGUUCCGUGUCCACUUGAUACGUUCCGUGUCCCUCCACCCCUGACCCCUCUGAACACUAUCAGGAACUUCACGUUGGGGGGUCCAGGUGGUGGUGGAUCAGAGGUUUGCCCACCGCGGCUCCCCUCUGCCUACAGCCCACAGAACUUACCACUCAGGCCGAUCCUGCGGCCCAGAAAGUAUCCGAACAGACCCAGCAAAACACCUGUCCACGAGCGGCCGUACCCGUGUCCGGCGGAGGGCUGCGACCGGCGGUUCUCCCGCUCCGACGAACUGACCCGACACAUCCGAAUUCACACCGGACACAAGCCCUUCCAGUGUCGGAUCUGCAUGCGCAACUUCAGCCGCAGCGACCACCUCACCACGCACAUCCGUACGCACACGGGAGAGAAGCCGUUCGCCUGCGACUACUGCGGCCGCAAGUUCGCGCGGAGCGACGAGCGGAAGAGACACACGAAAAUCCACCUGAGGCAGAAGGAGAGGAAGUCCUCCACGGUCUCCUCCUCCUCCUCCGGCAGCUCCGCGCUGGAGCGUCCAGCGGGCGGCAUCAACGCAGCCAGCGGGAUCUGCUCGUAGGUGUUCCGGGAAAACUGACCCACACUAUACUCUGAAAACAUAAAAACUCAGAUUAUCGCUCUGAACUGAUCACAGCAGCGUGGGAAUACACCAGAACGUCUGCGCAUUCUUGCGUAAUUACGCAUACCGAUCCAUUCCUGCUGCGGAACUCACGGACACACAGACAUGAACGCACUUUUCCUGCAGAUAAAAAAAAAAAAAAAAAAAAAAACAUCCUCAAAGGGCGUUUGUAAAAUAAAAAUCCCCAACACUGAGAGCGCAGCCUGCGCUUGUACAUGUUUAAUAACCGCAAUAACGCUUAGGGGAAAAAAGACAUUUAAGUUAUUAUAAUUGAGAAUAAUUUGACUUUAAUGUGUGUGUUGCUGAGUGUUUCCCCCUCCAGUGCCUUGCUGUGUGUUCUUUGUACACUGAACGUUUCUAAUGCAAUGGAAAUCUUUAACAGAAAACCCAGAACAUAUUUCUAUUUUUCUACAUAUUUGGUGUCGUGUUGGUGUAAAUAUUCAGAUGUAAAUAUGUUGACAUGAUACUGACCCGAUGUGUUGUUGUUGUGAUGUGUGUUUUGAAACUUAUUAAAUGUAAGAUGAUCACAAAUUCAGCUGUAUGCUUCAUUUAACAGGAAUAACUUUCUGACAAUCUCACUGAAACACUUGUUGAUAUUGGAAAUUUGAUUUGGGUAAAUCCCACGAUGCGUCACAGAUGCCCGCUCUGACUCACAGUCUCCUUUCUUUCUAACCUCACUUUUUUAUUCCAGGCUUCUAUCAGACAGCGACCAGAAGUCUAAAUCAACCUCAGAUUUUUGUUUGCGUCGUAACAGAACGAGCGCGCGCGCGCUUUGGACCAGGAAAUAAAGGUUGAUAAAUAAAUAAAUAUUCUAAAAGCACAAGUUCAGCUGCACUGAAAAACAAGCAAUCACAGGGCGGAAACAUUUGGUGGUCCGGGAUUAUUUGCUUUCAUUUUCUGUGAGAUAGUAUUAUAAAUAAACUCUGUAAAUUCAGGUAUUUUUUAAAAUUAAACUAAUGACUAAAAGUUAAAGUUGUAAAAAUUGUCAUGUUUCUGUUUAAAUGUUCGUUUUCUUUUUACUGUUUGACUAUGUCUACAUUUAGGUAAUAAUAAUAAUAAUAAUAGUAAUAAUAAUAAUAAUAAUAAUUUUAUCCCGUAUAUAAAGAACUUAUUUAAGUUCGUUGGGAGUCACCAGGAUGUGAUUAUUAUUUCUGGUUGUUUCAGUCUCUAAAUCCUGGAGAUGAAGUGAAUCAUGUCAACAUUGCCUAACAUUGGAUUUAAUAGAACUUAUUAGAAUAUAACUUGAUUUUUAUCAACUCUCAUAUUAAAGUCAUAAACUCUAAGACGAUGAUGUAAAAAUUGUGAUGUUAUGAGUUUAUGGUCUGUCUACUUCUAUUUAAAGAUUAAACAUUUAGAUUAAUGAUAGUGUGGAUUAUCCAGCUUUUAUUUGCUUGAUCAGUAUUCCACAUCAAGACACCAGAAGUUGGUUUAAAUACGAAAUUAACUCCAGUGUCUUGUUUAUUUUCCGAAAUAUGUCUGAGUUUUUUGUGUUUACUUUUUAUUUUUUCUUUUCGUUUCUGUUUUAUUUUAUU